AUUCGUAAAAAAGCAACUGCCCGUAAGAAAUUUCUACAUAAAGGAACUGACUAUCUCAAAGAAAAGUUUAGCAGAUUACGAAGCGAGGUCAAAAAAGUUAUACAAGAAAGCAGAGAGUCGUUUUUCGCUUCCUUGGGCAGCUUUUUAAAGGUGAAUCCCAACCGUUUUUGGUCCGUACUCAAAUUUAAUUCAAGUUCUGGAAACAUACCAAACUCUGUCUCAAGAUUCGACAAUAACAAUCCUGGGAGUAGAUUACAAGCUAAUACACCUAGUGACAUUGCGACGAUGUUUAAUGAGUACUUUCAAUCUGUCUACACCUGCUUUGAGGAUCUAUCACCUUCGUUUCAACCAGAUUCAUCUUCCCCAUUAUCGAGCAUUUCAUCAAUUGACCUAUCGGUAGAAGAAGUUUUCCAAGCCUUGCAGAACUUAGAUCCGUCAAAGGCUCAUGGUCCUGACGGGUUUCCUUCGCGCAUUCUAAAAGAAUGUGCCUUCCAACUAGCUCCAUCACUUCAUCAUCUAUUCACUAAGUCGCUCCACUUAUCGCAGGUUCCAGCCGAGUGGAAGUUAGCCAACAUUGUUCCCCUACACAAGAAAGGACAAAAAGAUCAUGUGGAAAAUUACCGCCCUAUUUCAUUGCUAUCAAUCAUAAGCAAGGUCCUUGAAAGAUGUGUCCUCAAUCAUGUAUCCUACCAUAUUCAGUCCAACAUUAAUUCGGCGCAGUACGUCCAACAUUAAUUCGGCGCAGUACGGUUUCGUUAACGGAAAAUCAAGCACAGCUCAGUUAUUAUCAAUAUUAAAUAUUAUUGGAAAGAACUUGGAUAUGGGAUUACAAACUGAUGUUGUUUUUAUGGAUAUUGCUAAGGCUUUCGAUACCGUUGACCACUCCAAACUGUUGCAAAAGCUGCAGGAGUUCGUUUUUUCUGGUUCUCUCCUCCUGUGGUUUAAGAAUUAUUUAUCCGGACGCUUCCAACGAGUAACUGUUCACGGUGCUACGUCGACCACUUUAUCCAUUACUUCUGGGGUUCCACAAGGAUCGUUAUUGGGUCCCUUUCUCUUCUCUGUAUAUAUCAAUGACUUACCUAGCUAUGUAUCAUCCUCUACUGGGGUCGGACUGUUUGCUGUCGACACCAAGCUGUAUCGUUGCAUAAAGAAUCCUUCUGAUGCCUUGGUCUUGCAACAGGAUAUUCGGCAAGGUCUUCGAUGUUGGUCAAAUGAAAACCACCUUCAUUUCAAUCAAUCCAAGUGCAAGGUACUCUCUAUAACCAGAAAAACAUCACCUUUGGUUUCUCCAUACAGUCUUGCCGGUGACCUGUUGUCCUUUUCUGAUGCUGAAGUUGACCUGGGUAUAACUAUCAGUCCCAAAUUAACAUGGAUCCAUCAAGUGAGCAAGGUGAAGUCCAAAGCUAACAAAUUACUUGAAUUAAUUAGGCGGUCUACCUUGGAGAUGACUGACAUCAAGGCGAGAAAUUAUCUGUACCUACAGCUUGUUAGAAGCAAUCUUGC